CGGAGGUUUUUGGGUUGGUUUUGUCAGCACCAGCCGUGCAGCGGACGGGGCCAGGCGAUGCGAGCCUUCCUGAGGAGCUCAGAGGGCUGCUUCGAGCUGAGCCCGCGCACCACGACCAUAGGCAGGCACCCGGCGUCCGACAUCGUCCUGCGGUCCCCAGGUGUAGCGCAUCACCACGCAGCCCUCGCCUUCAUCGCCUGGGACCAAAGCUUUGUCCUUCAGGACCUCAACUCCCCCCACGGCACCUUCGUCAAUGGGUGCCAGGUCCAAAACGCGGCUGUCAGGGUGACGGCGGGGGACAGCCUGCGCUUCGGUACGGGGCAGGCAGCAUCCUUCCAGCUGGUGGUGGAGGGGGAUGCCCAGCAGGAGCAACCCAGCAGAUCCUGGGCUCUCAACGUGACCACCACCACCACCUUGCUGGACUCUUCCAGCAGGAGCUUCACGUCGAGUUCAGACUUUAGGAGCAGCCCAGACAGGAAUGUGAGACAUUUAUGGGGAGCCCCUUCCCUGGUGCCUCGUGAUGCGGAUUGUGUCUCGCAGAAGGGUGAAAAGCUUCUGCAACUGGACAAGGAGAUGGAUUGCCUCUCAGGGUUGGGAACAGAAGCAAAGCAGGAAAAGGAGGUGGUUAUCAAUCUGCAGGAUGAGAUCACAGUGAUGGCAAAGACCCUGACUGAGGCAGCAAUGAGGAACGAGGCAGAGCUGACCCAGAAGCUGGGAGCCAUCAACCGAGAGCUGGGAGCCAGAACACAUGAGGUCAAAGCCUUGGACCAACAGCUGAGAGCCAAAACAGAGGAGAUCAAAGCCUUGGACCAAAAGCUGGAAGUCAAAACAGAGGAGAUCAAAGCCUUGAGGGAACAGAUCAUCGACCUGCAGAAAGGCUCCAGCCAGAUUUUCAGCCAUUCCCUCUAUGAAAGAGACCAGGAGAUUGGAAGGCUGCUAAAUGAGAGUGAGAAGUUGAAGAAGGAGCAGGCUCUGGCCACAGGUCUAGUGAGCAGCCUGCAAAGGGAGAUUGCUGGGAAGGAGCAGAGGAUCCAGCAGCUCGAGCAAGAGGUUGGAAAAAUGAAGAAGGAAAACAGAGAAAAGGACAAUCAGAUAGCGGUUAUUUCUGCCAAGUGCUCUAGAAUUAAAGAGGAAAUGAAGCAUGAAGUUGAAAAGCAAGAAAUAACUACGUGCCGACACCGCAUCUGGGAGCUGGAACGUGACAUGGACAGGCUGCAGCAGGACAUCCAGAAGCAUUGUGCUGAGCAGGAGAGCAUCCGCAGCAAGCUGGCUGAGAAAAUCAAGGCUCAGGAGGAGCUGGAAGCAGCAUGUGCCAAGCGAGCCCUGCAGCUGCAGGAGAUGGGGCGCAGGGAGCACCUGCUGAGAGCCACCAUGGGGCAGGCCAAGGAGCAGCUGGAGUCCUUCAAAACCCAAGUGAUGCAAGCCUGCUCUCCGGCAGCAGCAGGGAAAGACGUGUCAGAGCAGCAGGUGCUAGAGAAGGUCAGGCAGAUCUCCAACAAGAGCCAGCAAAGCCACGAGAGAGAGAAGUACCUGCAGGAGGAAUUAAGCUCCAGGCUCUCUGAGGAAAAGGAGGUGUCUGCCAAUCUUGAGCUGUUCCAGAAAUCCCUGCAGGAGCUCCAGACUUGCCUGAAGAGCUCCUGCAGCAGCCACAACCUGCGAGAGGAGCUGAAGAGGCUGGAGGCAAUGUGCCUGCAUCCCGUCAUCUCAGCCCUCAGGGCAAUGGUGGUGGAACUGGCACGUGUGCCCCUAACCUGGCUGGAGGGUAUGGAGCAGCUCCUGGCUAGCGUGGAGAUGGACCUGCACUCCUCUGGCAAAGGGCUGCUGGCUACUCUUGAGAUGUUGCUGGAGAACAGCCAGGUGGCUGCACAGAAGAAUCAGAUGCUACAGGUGCAAUUAGAGCAGCAGCGGGAGUCGCAGGCUACUGAGCUGCAGGAGCAGAUGAAGAAGCUGGAAGCAAAAUAUGAGCAAGACCUACAGCUAAAAAUCCAGCAAAUUAUAUUGGAAAAGGACAAGGAGAGCAAGGAGAUGCUGGAGAGCACUGUUGCCAAGGAGAAGGCCCAGUAUGAACAAGCCGUGGAGGAAGGACAGAAGAAGAUCCAGGACCUGGAGACCCACCUGGGAAGCCUGAUCGAGGAGGUAGCAAGGCGGUCCGAGGAGCUGGAGGUCACCAACGGCAAACUGAGAGCAGCUGAGCUCAAGCUGGAGGAAAGCACCAAGCGAGAGGCGGCCUUGCGGCAGCAGGUACUCACACAGGAUAAGCAGCUCCGGAGUGUUCGGAAGGAGAAUGAGUUACAGCAGCAGAAACUGCGGGAAGAAGCAGCAGAAUAUAAAGAGCAAAGCAAGCAGCAUACUCUGACCAUUGUGGCUUUAGAGGACAGGUUGCUGGAGACCAAGCAGCAGCAGAAGGUGCUGGAGGAGGAAAAAGCAGCACUCGUGGAGAAACUGGAAGGAUUUCAGAGCACUGCCCACGAGUCGACACUGGGAGCUCAGCUGGAGGCCUGUCUCACCACCGAGGCACAUGAAAAUCUGAGGAAGGAGCUGGCAGCAGCGCAGGAUGCGGUCCUGGCCCGGGAUGCUGCCAUCAGCACACUAAGAAGAGAGCUUGCGGUGGCCCAAGCCAGGAUAGUGGACAUAAAAGGGGAGCUGUCCGAGGAGCUGAAGGUGGAACAGGAGCGCAGCCAGGCCCACCUGAAACACCAAGAGUGGGAAUUGUCCCUGUUCCAAGAGAAGCUAUACCAGAUGUCCAGACUCAUGGAGAAGAAGGAUAAAGAUCUGCAAGUGGCAGCUGAGGAGUUAAGGCAAGCCAAAGCCCACUGCCAGGCACUGGAGGCUUCCUUGGAAGAAAGGGUGGAAAAGGCAGAGGAUGCUUCCAGGAGACCAGCACAGGCAGCCAAAGCCUCCAAGCAGGGGCUGCAGCUGGAGCUGGUCAAGCUCGGCACGAAAUGCCGAGGCCUCAGGCAUGAGGAAAUAAUCCAGCGCCAACAAAAAGGUUUGACGGAGCUGCGGGCAAGAGUGAAGAUGCUGGAGAAGAUGCAGUCAUCAGCUGCCACGCAGAAUAGUUCAUUGCCAGUGGUGGUCCUGGAAAAAGAUUUGCCAGAGGAAGUAUUUUGCAAGAUGGGUCUCAAGAAGAAGCCAGCAGAAGCACCAGGAGCCAAAGUGAGCAAGGUUCCUGGCCAGCUUCCCAAUGGGGGCUCACAGGGGCCUGCCAGCCUGGAGGCAGCUGAGGAGAUGGACUUCGGUGAGAAGAUGUACCUUGAUGCAAUUAGAGCUCUGGGAAAGCUGAUGGAGAUGAAGAGGCUCUCAGGAAUGCAGCCUUUGAAGAACCUUCCUCAGGAGAAGAGGGAAAAAGCAGGCAUGCAGAGACAGCAGGACCUGGAGCUGCUGUAUCACAAGGUCAGGAACCUCAAGACUUGCCUACAAAGAAAAGAAGAAAGGCUGAAAGAUUACGAGGCCAAAAUAAAACAGCUCAGGCUGAAUGAAGCAUCCCUGCAGCAGUGCUGGGAGGAGAAGUCCAAGCUGAAGGAUGAAGCCUACAGGGAGGCAGAAGAGAAGGUUCUGCUGCAGGAGACUCUGGAGAGGACACAGAUCCAGCUGACCCAGGCAAAGAAGCUGCUGCAGGAGUCCAGAUGGCUGAAGCCUGCAGCCAAGAAGCCUUUCUCAGGAAAGCCGAAGGCCAAGGAGUUCGUGGCAGCAGCUGUCCAGACAGGCUGCGCGUAGGACAGGCACUGCAAGUGAGGGUCUGCGGUGGGAGCAGGUCCCCACGCCGUGGGCUCUGUAACGUGGGGUGGGGUGCGAGGCGUGGGCACACCUUAAGGACCCUCCGUUGGUAUCUUGUACCUCCAGGCAUGCCAGCGGGUCAGCGCGGCACCUGGGACUGGAUUUUCCCACAGCACAUGGAUUGCCCAGUGCGGUGGGCUUAUGGCAUAGAGAAGGUCUGGAUACAUGUCAGUGUAUAU